CACUUUUACCAUCCAUGAUGGGUGGCGACACCGCCACAAUGUUGAACCUGCACCUAGGAGCUGUCGCGGUGCAUGUGGUCAGACAUCGUAUCGGACCAAGGCAAUCCUCGGCACCAACAACACCAGGUGGCAUUGUUCACCACCGUCAUAUUAACAUUCCCCGCGUCCUCCCCUGCCAUGAAGUUCCUUGCCGGUCUCGUCCACGCCGCAGCCGCGUCCCAAGUCGUGUUUGACAACCUCGACCCCCUCGACACGGGCGCCACGGGCACCCCCAUCUCGAAAGAUCAAGGCGUUGCCGUGCAAUUCCGCAGCCUCCCGGCCGCAGACACCGCGUGCAACCCGACGUGGCUCACCCUCGAUUUUGUCAACUUUACGUUGAACACGAUCAACAUGGGAGGCAACACGUCGCUGUGGCUGCAAGCUGACUUAUGCCCUUCCGUCGACGGCUUGCCGAACUGUACCAAGUCGGACAAACCUGCCCGCAUCCCCAUUGACAAGUUCGCCAAACGAGUCAAGUUUCAAUGGUUCCCUGCCUCGCCGAUCGUCCUGAUUCCGUCGACCACGUACUGGUUCACCGUCCUCUCGAACGGGGAAGUCAAGAACAAGUUGCCGAUUUGGAUGGACGGCGCCAAGCAGUUUAACACCGUCAACGACCCCAAGAAGGACGUCUUGCUCGCGUACACGGCGACCCAAGGCGGCCCCUGGACCGUCGAUGUUCCCCGUGAAAACCGCACCGUGUCGUCGCUGCAAGUGUACGCCAACUAAAGUAACAUCCUUUUUCAAAUUUGAUCGUACAUGAGAUUAUGACGUGGGAAACGUUGCCGACCGCUGACCCUCACUCGUUAUGUACCUCCAGAUACCUGUACCGGCGUGCAACUCAACUGAUUAA